GUUAUUUACCAAGCGCACACACAAACGUCGAGCAAUAACAUCGCGGCGAGGUUGCGCGCUCCUCGCGAUAAACAUUGAACGCAUUGAACAUUAAAAGCAAGCCGCUCGGGGCGUUCGGGAAGUGGUCUUUCAAGGUGUUCUCCUGUUGUCGUCUCGUCUGCGUCGUCCGAAGACAUUGUCGCCACAUAAUCAGUGCGUGCGCCUCGUGUACUCUUCCUCCGCGAUCGACCUUUUAAAGUGCAACUAAACAAAACGCGAGUGAUGCACGAGAAAACGAAACCUGGCUGCAACAAAUAAAUGAUAAAACGCUCGCGGAGCUCACACGCAAGCUGGGCAAAUAAUCCGCGUAUAAACCCAACGCAAAUUUAUCUAUCAGUCAUGCAGUUGUGUGUUAUCAGCUAUCACACUAGAGAUAACUUCAAACAAUAUACCGUAGAAUGCGUAGAAUAAUACGCAUCAUACUCUGUUUUCGUCCUGCAUGGACGAAUCAAAUUAAAAUUUAAUUCAUUUAUUAAUAAGCAUUGUGUGGAUGCGGAUGGAAUAUUAUAACUGGUUAGAACCGCAAGUGUAACUGGGCGAUAAUUGUCAACAUAGUGUGUUGAUCUGUUGUGGAUGAUGAAGCAAGACUCGAGGAAGCACAUCGCUCAUCACAAUAUAUGUGAUGCGGUGUGAUGUGCGCGAUCAUUACUGCAGACAUUGCAGGCAUUCGGAGAGUUUGGAGAUAAAGCAGCACAACGAAGACAUCAAGACGAUCAAGAGAGAAACCGUUUAGUCAUUCAUCGGCGGCAGCAUCCUGUGGUGACGCCAUUUUAAAGAUGGAGUCCAUAGAGGUACCCCACGAACCGCUCCGGUUGUAUUUUACUGAAGUUAAAGAUUCUCAACAUCAUACGAAUGAUUUUGAUGUAGAAUUAUUAGAUGAAGUGGAAGAAGCAUCCGAUUUUCUACAAAACGCAGGUCUUUUAGAGUUUUCUAAACUCCAUCAACAAGGCAAGGAGAUACCUGACUUGAUUGUUGAUGAGACUGUGCGCCAAAAGCAUCUCACCGUCCGGCAGGCGGAGACGGUGCGGUCGAGGGUGCGCACAUUGAAUAAAACUUUGGGCAAUCGUCAGCCGCGCAGGAAACAGCGGCAGGACGUUCGAGAUGUCGCGUGGAACCUUGAGACGUCCAGUACUGGAUCGCGUUCACGCAGUGCGACACCUGAUUCGCUUGAUUCCACUGGACACCCGAAUGAGGAAUCUACCUCUGAUGAAGACCACCAUAAUUUAUCUUCAUUUAUUUUAACUGAUGGUGUAGGCCUCAAAGGGAAAUUAAAAUACACAUCAAGUGAACCUAUACCAAGUAAGCAGGUAUUCAGUAGACAUGAUCGCGGAGAUGUCGCGCAUCUAGGUUCCGAAAAUGUGGUCCUCAAAGGGUACCAUCCCUUGAAAGAGUUUGGGACUAACAACAGGAUACCGGUGGACGUCAAUGGCGACCACAAUCAAGUGAUGGAUAUCCUUACCAAUAAUAAUAACAACAUUAAAGAGGUUACCAACGUCAAGAAUCACUACCUUGCGGAGUUUGAUAGUUUGCUGUCGAAAAGCGACCCGACCCCAUGCAGCCAAACAUCAAUGGCGAUGGGUAUUGACCAGUUGAGUUUUGCCAAGAUAGUUAAACAGGACUCUUCCAACGAAACACUUAAUAAAACAGUAGUCCGAAACGGAGCGAAUUAUAUUCACAUCGAUACGCUCUCCGAUUGUGAGUAUCAAUAUCUUAAACCUCUAUUGUGGGUUGAGGUGGCCACCAUUUUUGAUUACCACAAAAUCAACGUUCAGAAGCGGAAAGCAAGCUAUAAACAUAAAAGAGGUAAUGUAUUUGGGGUAAAUUUAUCAACUCUGGUGAUGAGAGACAUGCCCAGUACGUCUGAUACCUCCAUGGUACCCCAAAUCUACCAAACUACCUUAGCGCAACUCAACGAACGCAUCAAAGAAGAUGGAAUUCUGCGAGUUGCCGGCCAAAAACAAAAACAGGAACAAAUUUGUGCAGAAAUCGAAAGUAAAUUCUACAGCAACCGCGGGGCUGUGGAUACCCUCUUCUCACAAAUCUCAGUUCAUGAUUUAACAGGGGUAUUGAAGAAACUCCUUAGAGAGUUACCAGACCCAAUUUUUACUAUGGAAUUAUUUGAUAUGUUCUUUAAAAGUAGUUUAAUUCCCGACCAAGAAGAAAAACUGCGUGCUUUGAAUAUUUUAGUUCUUCUUUUACCGAUUGAACACCGCAGCACAUUCCAUUUGUUGCUGGAGUUUUUGAUCAACAUUGUGGCACACGAACAGUUCAACCGGAUGUCCGUACACAACGUCGCCAUGAUCUCGGCUCCAUCUUUCUUCCCACCUCGAUUACUAGGAUCAAAGUGUAAAGAUGAUAAAACACCUAUUACCAAGGAGCAGUUAACGAAAGAGAUCAACGACGCUGCUGUCUGCUGUAAUAUCAUGGAAAUAUUACUGAAAGCAGCUGAUCAACUGUGGAUGAUUCCCAAUGAGUUGGUGGAGCAAGCUCACGAAGCACAAAAACGUGCGCUGGACCGCAAAGAAAAGAAAGCCCGCUCGAAGAAGAAACUAACACGCAGCAGUACUCAGUACGAACCAGGUGCCAUGUUAAAUCCGAAAAUAAAACGGGAGUAUAUUCUUUGAGGCGCAGAUGAGCGCUUAUAAGUAUACAUAUGGGUAAUAUUUGUGUUUAGCAUUUUUUUUAUAUCGAUGAAAGCGAAGAGAGUAUCAUUCCGCAGAAACGCAUUUAUUUUCAACGUAUUGCGGCGAGUAUAUUUUAUGUGAUUAUAGAGACUAUUUUGUACAAUACUUUUAUAUUAACGUGCCAACAUGUACAUUUACCUAACAACCAACUUGUGUGUCUAACACACAGUAGAGGUCGAGAUAGUUUUUAUUAUAAAGUAGUAAAUUUAAUUUUAAGCAAAACAAAA